UAUCGUAGUGGGCGUUGAUAUCGAAAUUCGAUAUUAACAUUUCGAUGUUACAAUCACCCACAAAGACCCUUUAUUAGUUAUCAGUCUUCAGGUUAUCUUCCGAGUUCACAGCUACAAAGCUUCAUUCGCAAACAACACACCAAAAUAAGACGAACCACAGUGCAGAAACGUACGAAAUGAAGAAUUUACUCGUGUUCAUAGGUGUUUUAAUUGUGUGCGUCAAUGCCCAAUUCGACUAUGGAACCAUUGAAGACUCCCCGGCAGAUAAAAUCAAGGAUCAUCCUGACAAAUGUUACGUGGAGAAUAUUGGAUUGAUUGACAAAGGAUCGGAAGUUAAAGUUAGUGGAAAAUGCGAAAGUAUACAGUGCUUGGACGGUGGGAAAUACCGUGUGAAAAAAUGCAACCUAGUGAUAGUUGAAUGGCCAUGUUAUUCUGUUUAUCCAGACAAACCUUUUCCCGACUGCUGCAAUUUCACAGUGGAAUGCAUUGAACUGCCUAAGCGGCCUACGCCUACUCCUCCUAGAAGAAACUAGUGCAUAUUCCACUUUUUUCAAACUAUUUUCAUCUGGUUCUUGUUUAUGAAAAGCUUGUUCUAUUCUAUUAAGCCAACGGUGUGUCAUAGUCUUUUGAAUCAUUAGUCAGAGCAAGGAUUGUUUCAAAUAGAGAACCCUUUUCUUGAAAAUUAAUAAUCAACAUUAGUGCACCGAUUCAAUAUAGCUUUUCACUUUUUACACAAUUUUUUGAGUCAAAAUCUUCCUUUAGGUGGGCGUCGACUACAGAUUGAAAGUCAAAAACACUCACAUUGACGUUCAAAUCUUGCCUUUUAGCUCUUUGUCCCUCGAUGGCUAAAGUUGGGAACGACUUCCGGGAGAUCCCUUAGCAGCCCAGCCCUAAAAAGGGACAAGACUGUGCUCUAAGACCUUUCCAUCGCUCCUUUUCUUCGGGCUUCUCAGCCCACCUCGUACAGAACCCAUAAAAUAAAGUUUUCUGUGGAAGAAAUAAAAAACUCGAUAAUAUUCAUGAAAAUUUCUCAUUAAUUGUGCGCUUAAAGAGUCUGAUAUAGGCUACGAAACAUUCAGGAGCAAUUUGUACAAAGAAUUUUUCAAUAAAAAAUUAUAUUUCGCCUUAUGCAAGGCAAAUUUCGCUUAAAUAAAAUGUUAUUCGAUUUUUCUGAUCCGAUUCUUCAUACCUAACAAUAAUAAACAUCGUGCUAUGAGACUUUUAUAAGAUUAUCAUGACUUUCCUUCUUAUCCUUUUAAAAUAAAUAUUGGAACCUAUCAAA